AUGUCGAAUCCCAAACCACCAGCCGCUCCAGUCAUUUCACCCAUGACCUCCGACAACCCCAAUCUUCCUACCGCGCUAAUGGGUAGAAAGAGCUCAUCAAUCUACUUCCAUCAGCCAACGUCGAACUACGGCUCCUCUUCCAACGCAAACCGCGACAACGAUACAGAUUUCUAUGCCUCCAUCGAGCAUGGUAUACUUUUGGGUCUCCGCGGUCUGCCUCAAGGUUCCAAGAAACGUCGUAAGCACCAAGUUCAACUCAUCGAAGAGAUCCCCGAGCUCUUUCUUCCUGAACCUGCCAAUAUUAGAAGUGUGGAGGGAUCAAACGCUUUCAAUACUUCGACCAAGCGUAGAGCCGACGAGAGUAUCGCCAAGAGCACGGAAUUUGGUGAUCUUGCUGAAAAUCGUGGUGGAAGAUUGGAGUCGAAGAGGAUCAAGAGAAGAGCUUCGGAUUCUGUUACGAUGACUCUUCGUGGCGCUGAAGCAAGCAAGACUGUGUCGUUUAGAAGGGAGACAAGCGUUAUUCCUAUCAGGAGUUUCGAGGAGCUUAAGCUUGAUGAUGAUUCUGUUGAGGGGGAUGGGUCGAGGGCUGGAGAGAGAAAGUGA